UUCAAGAUAAUCCCCAUUUCCAACACAGUUAACCAUGCGUGUCAACACAUUUGACAAGACGAACGUUGUUGUUUAAGAUCAAUAACCGCAGUUCCAAAAAUCGAUAUUUGUCACCCGGAAUAACAGUCUCGCAGCUACAGCUGUCCCGACACAGGAUGGCUCGCAUCAGCGACUCAGUUAAGCGGGUAACGGGACAUCUAAUGUGGGUGGGACUCCUUAAUCUAUGCAGACUUUUGCUUGAAGGAUAAAACAUACGCAUUGAAUUCGCGUUUCAAGAAUUGCUUCAAGUCAAGAUACUUAUGUAUGGCGCUGGUCCGGACUGAAACACUUGAAGCUAACUGGUGACUUUGGUACGUGAUAUGAAGUGGAGGGAGAAUAUUCAACUCCCAGCAGUUAACGAGCGUGUAUAAUGCGAAUCGUGUUUACAGAUGAAGAGACAAACUAAAGGUAGACUGGUCAAUGCGUUAAUACCUUCAUUCUGGUCGAACUGUUGUCUGGGGCAACACUGUGAAACCCUAGAGUCUCUGUAAGUUGUUUAGCAUCAGGAAGCUGAGGAUUGAGGAAGAUCAAACGAGGUGUUGCCAUGUAUCAGCCGAAGUACAAUCACCGCAUCCCUGCGUACGACAGCAACACGGUGACAGGCAACAAAAUGUUUAACGCUAGUUUCAGAAACGGAAUAGUCGUUCCACCCAGUGAAUCAGGCACUGGUGGGGGCCGGAUAGGGCAGCUGGAGACACAAAUGGCGGAAGAGCAGUGGGCCAGGAUGGAGGCGGAAAACAGAGUUGUCUCCCUUGAGAAUGAACUCGCUCUUGUGAAAUUAAAGGAAAGAGAGUACAAAGAUGCCAUCUCUCAGCUGGAGUAUGAGCUGAAUGAAUUACGAUGUGGGCGGACGUCCAGGUUGAACAGCGUUGCCGAGGCUCCAGUCCUGCCUCCGCCCCCCGAGUUCAGGACCAAGGCCAAGAGCUGCAGUCAGCUGCUAGCGGUUGACUAUUCGACGACGAGCUUUGCCGCAACAUCAUUGUCCGUCGGCGACAUCGACUCGGAGACGGAGCAGGAGGACGAUGUGUUUGACUCCACCAGGCGCGGUCACGUGGGUGUCUCCCCCACCAAUGUAGCUGCCGGAUUCAGUGAACUCUCGUCAAAAGAAACUCCUAUUGCGAGAUUGUGCGAGACGCAAGAACAGAGGGAUAAACUGGCUAAUAUGCUGGCAAAAGAGAUCUGCAGUUACCGAGAAGACAUCGUACUGGCUAACAAGACCAUCUCGGAUGUAAACAAGAAGAUUCAGCACUUUAACGAGAUCAGCUCGCAGUGCCCUCUGCGCCACACUAAAGACAAAUCACUUCCUUCACACAUCCGGGGAUUUUGCUGUGACCUACAACCUUUCCUAGAUGACAGGGUGUGGGAGUUCUCGCAGAGUCUCGUGCCCGACCACGAGACACUCAUCCGGCUACGAGAAGACCUUGACUUCUAUGAAGACUUCAGCGGUUUGUUCUGGUCGGUCAUCAGUGAGUGGAACAGCAACACCGUGGACGGCAGACGCUCCACCAUGUUGGGACAGCUCGUACAGGCGUGUGCUGAUUGCCAGCUGCACAACCCACUGGGAGUUGAGGUGCUGCCUGCUGGAGACCGGGCUAUCGUGGAGGCGAGCUACCCGAUCCUGGUGGAGCACCUGCUGGUGUCCCUCGUCCUCAUCUACCUCCGGGACUCGGGACUCCUGUCCUCAACCAUCGUCCACUACAUCCUGGACGCGGCGUCCGUCUCAGACCAGGUGCUCAGGCUGCUUGACCUGCUGCCCAUAUUUGGGCCAACUGCUGUGGACAUCCUCAUUCGGGCACUUAGGAGGUCUGACCAAAGUCAUAUCGCUGAAGUCAUAACUAGGGAGCACCCAGGACGUUUUCAAGAUACUCCGGACAGCCCACCCCCGCAACCACGUCGUGUGACGCUACGGACGCCGGCGAUGAGGUCACCACGAGUUGAGAUGUCAAUCAAAAUGUUCCCGCAACAAACAAUCGAGACGAAAUCCAAGAAGAAUUUCUUUCGGCGGCCCAAGUGGCUAUUCAGAUCCGGCAAAUAUCAAUUCAACAAAAAGUGACAGAUCAAAUGAAGCUUAUAGUGAUAAUACAGUUGCAGUAUUGUGUCAUACUCACAAACUGACCCAAGACUUGUUUCUCUGGUGACCUUUGUUUCAACAUCCUCACUGGAACACUCAGUAGUCGGCAAUCUUAGAGUUCCCUUCACCGCAAUUUUAAGAGGAACAAAGGCGGAUCCUGGGGGGGGGGGGGUCCAGAGGGUCCGGCCACACCCUUUCGAAAAUCAACUGUAUUCUGUUUCAGGCAGUAACACUGACUGUAGGGGAAAUUUAUAUUUGGGACCCCUCCCUAUUAAAAUUGCUGGAUUCGCCCUUGGGGGUAAUUAAAGUGUGAGAAGAAAACUAUCGUUGAAUUCAAUUCGUUACCCCUGCACACCUGAGCAGGCGGAGGCGGUUGGGUAGCCCAGUGGUUAAAGCGUUCGCUUGUUACGCCGAAGGCCCGGGUUCGAUUCCCCACAUUGGUACCAUGUGGUAAACCCAUUUCUGGUGUCCCCGCCGUGAUAUUGAUGGAAUUUGGCAUAAAGUGGCGUAAAACUUCGCUCACUCACUCCAAGCACGCAUUGUUUAUCCGUAGGAGUUGUUUUAUGCCGCAGUCCAAUUAUAUGACGGCGAUUUGUCGUUUUAUACAACGACUGAAAUCUGGCCAUGCAGGCCAUCAGGUUGAUUGCACGAGCAACGCAUAAGGCCAUGGGAGCGCAGCCGGGUCACAGGUCAAGUGGGUCACUUGGCCUGUUGCCUCCACUCUCCUAC